GUGAUAGACGCCUUCCCCGGCAACGCGUGCAUCCCGUGUCGGGAGUACCUGCGCUCGCUGCAGCGCAGCCUGGCGGAGAUCAGCCGGGACACGUUCAGCGAGUUUGAGGACGCCGUGGAGAAGGACAGCACGCGUACUCCUGUGGCUGAUGGCACCGUGCACCCACUCACCAGCUACGUCAUCAACUACGUCAAGUUUCUGUUUGAUUAUGAAGGCACGUUAAGGCAGCUGUUUGAGGAAGCAGAGAAAGAGCGGGGUGAAAAAGACUGGCAGGGCGGGGACCCAUCCGCCCGGCAGAAGCCGCGGUUGGAGGUGGCGACGCUGCGCAUCCUCACAGUGCUGGAGAGCAACCUGGAGGCCAAGGCGAAGCUGUACAAGGACCUCGCGCUCACACAGCUCUUCCUCAUGAACAACAAGCACUACAUCGUGCGCUCCAUCCGCAAGUCGGAGCAGGCGAGGCAGCUGGUGGGGGAGGAGUGGAUACAGCGGCAUCGCAAGAUAGUGCAGCAGCACCAGGCCAUGUACCAGAAGCUGGCUUGGAGCAAGGUGCUGACCGUGCUGAGUCCGCAGGGGGAGGUGAUAAACAAGAACACACUCAAGGAGAGGCUGAAGGUUUUCAACGCUGCGUUUGAGGAGCAAUACAACAAGCAGCUCACAUGGACCAUCCCAGACGCGGAGCUGCAGAAGGUGGUGCGCCAGGCUGUCAUCGACCAGGUGCUGCCCGCCUACCGCGACAUGCUCAAGCGCUACGGCCCGGUGGUGGAUGCGCUGAAGAAUCUCGCCAAGCACGUCAAGUACCAGCCGGAGGACAUAGAGCGGCUCAUCCGCCAGCUCUUUGAGGGCCGCCAGGUGGUUGGCGAGGCCAGCAAGGGCAAGGCCUCGCUGCUCAAGUAG